AUGGAAGAGGAAGGUUUUGGCUUUGGCUUGCCCCGUGAGUCAGACCAAACCGCAGAUCCGGAACAAGAGGAAGAGCAGGAAGAGCCCACGACAGGCAGACGCGGUCGCGGCCGAGGCCGCGGCCGCGGCAGAGGUCGUCCUUCCAGUGCUGCUGGUGGCAGCAAGGGCCGGGGCAGAGGAAAGAAAGCACCAGCAAGCACUUGCAUAUGUCCCAACUGUACAGCACCAAAGUACCCAGGCUCGAAGUUUUGCUCUUUGUUUCAUCACAAGAAGGCCUUCGACAACAUGAUGUACCAGCGACGUACCCGAGCUCUUUCUCAGGCAGACAAGGAGGCCUUCGACAAGCUGAUGGCGAACGAGGCAGAUGCUGGCAGGGAGGUGGAGGAGUUUGCCCUCGACAAUCCGCCGGAACUUAAAAAGAAAGGCUUGGUGGACUUUGCAAAGUUCCAGCGAGUGCAUGGCCAGCGUGUAGGCACGCACUUGCAGAAGGGCAAGAGGCCUUUCACUGAAAGGGCUUAUUUCAAACAUGCCGAGAACGAACUCGGUUUGACCGAGGAGGAGGCGGCAGAAGAAUGGAAGGGCUUUGUCAGCAACAAGAGCCUGAAAAGGGACAACUUGGGUUACAAGGGAGCUGAAAGAAUCUGGGUUCCUUGCCAUGAGCUCGACUACGAUGACCGGGAACACUAUGUGGACUCCCAGGUAAUCGAGGGCAGCGGGGACUUCAAAGCCCCCAGUGUGGAGGAGCGCAAGAUGCUGCAGGCCGGGCCUAGCAACAUGGAUCACCUGACCAGACAAAAGUUGUCCUUCGAUGACGUGCGGUUUGGCAUCACGGCUGAGCAAGCUGCAGACUUGCAACAGGGGGUGAUGCUGACCCCCAAGAAGAAGGAUGCUGCUGAGAAGGCCGGAGAUGACGCACUGACUCCUGAGAAGGUGGCCGCCGUCAACCUGUCACGGGAGCCCGCUCAGCUGCACCGUGCCAUGGAAUCCUCGCUGAAGAAGAUUAAUUCAGAGUUCAAGAAAGCCAUGCCCCUGGCUAUCAAGGCUAUGGAUGAUUACAAGAAGCACCCUGCUGAACUUCGAUCCUCUGACCGUGCUUUGCUGGCCUUCUGUCGCACUCUCCAGUUUCGGCAUGAGACUGGCGUCCGCUGUCUUGGCAGGCCGGAGGACUUGCGCUGGAUUGUCCCAGACUCCAGCGCAGGGAGCUCUGUGGGUCAAUCCGGGCCUGUUCCUACCGUGCCUGGCCAGGGCCCAAGCCAGCCAGCCACCCCAAGCAACCCAGGCAAUUCUUCUGCUGGGGCUGUGAGUGUCCUGAACGGUGCUGAUGCGGUGAGUUCAGAGUUUGUGCAGGAGCGUGCGAGUUUGUCCUGGGAAAAUUUCUUGAAGGAGGCCCGAACCGCUAAGGGCAAGUUCUGGGAGGGUGAGCUGAGUGCUUUGAGGGCCCUUGAGUCCGUGCAAGAUUCCAUGGAGGAGUUGCUAGAGUGCAAAGAUGCAGCUGUGUUCCUCCAGUACAAGCAAGACUGGCUGGCUACAGAAAAGUCCCUCCAGCAGGUACACAAGGGCAUCAAGCAAGCGGCGGAUGAUCUUUCCAAGCACAUGAAGUUGAAAGUGACAGAAAGCGCCCGUGAAAAGAGGCGGGCGGAGGAUCAGAAAGCCCGCGAUGAGUUGCAGCGUGUGAGGAACGAGGCCAAGGAAGCAGCUGAUCAGAUCAAGAAGAGGAAGUUGGAGCAACAAGCAGUCGUUUCCGCCAUUUUCACCUGUGACUUGCCGCUCAAUCUGUGCGAUGCUGUCCCAGAGCGGACAGGUCUAAGUACAGAGGGCCUGGCCUGGGAUUCUCCGUGGGUCAUGAAGUGUGCUGCCGAAUUGGUGCCAGUGCUUGGCGAUACCGCGAUGCAGAAGGCCCUGGCUUCUUGGGGGUCUCAGUACAAGAAAACAAUGGCUUCCACCAAGCCCAAAAAAACGCAAGCAACCUUCCCUAUGGAGGAAAAGAGCGGUCGUGGCUUGGUGAACCAGUUCAUGCAGAAGCUCAGGCCUGCAGGAAACGAGCCGGACAUCUCAGCUGUCUCUGGAGGCAAGCAGUUUAUGGAUUGCGCGUGGCUUUUCGGUGCCAGCCCUGACCACAGGACCGUUGCCUUUUUGCCCAACCAUGCACCCUGCAUCAGGGUUUGGGUUGUUGGUGAGAUGCGCCACAUCAUGAUUGAGUGGGACAGCUUGUCAAAGGCCCUGGACCUCAGGGCGGACAAAGCCACUGAGGAGCUGUCAGUGCAAAGCAUCCUUGACAGGUUCCAUGGGCUCGAUAGAGCUGGAGUUGAGGGUUUGGCAGGCAAAGUGAAAUGGAUGCAGUGCACCCUCAAGCCACAAACGGCGUUGUUUGUUCCCACAGGUUGGCUGGUGGUUGAGAUUUCCGCAAACAACCCGCUCAUUUACGGGUUUCGCAAAGGUUUCUUCACAUUUGAAAAAAGCCACAUUGCAAAGUACGAGGAGGCCAUCCAGGUUGCCUCUAACAUGAAGCACAAUGUAGAACGCAUGCAGCAGAUCCUGGAGAUCCUCAAGGCUGCACCGUCGACAUAG